AUGGGAGGCUUUGAAGGUCAUCUGUUCCCAGGGCUGCUUUUUUUCUUCUGUGGACUUUAUAAUGCACAACUCGUCUCUAGGGCUUUGAUAUGCAAUUCCAUUGUCCAGUAUCCACCACGUCGUCCUUGGGACAAAGGAAGAUGGGCAUGGCUACAGCAAAUACACUGUAUUGGCUUACUGAAGAUAUUGAGUGCCUGCAUUUUAAUAGCCCAAGAGUUCUACAGCAUUCCUGGACAGUUAGUACUUAUCAGCAAGUUAUAUCAUCAGAGAAACUUUAUGUAUCGCAAACAGUGGCAACAUCUUACUCUCUAUAUGUCUUUCUUUCUGAGUGGAUGUUUAGACAUGGUGAGCCAGAACUUGCUGUCUCAGAGGUGUGCAGCUCUGGAGCAAAGUACCCAAGCUGUGGGCACAUUUAUAUAUCUGCCCCUGAUGGUGUCUCACAUGCAGGAUACAGAAGGAGUGGAGCUGCAGUCUCACAUGCUGCUCACUCAGGCCAUGUUCCUGCUGACCCUGGUGGUGUUUGCAGAGUUGUGGGCUUCCAGUGAGCCACUAAUUUGGAUGAUGAAGGCCUUUUUUAAUAUAGUUAUAGGCUCUUGGCUGAUGCAAAUAGGCUUUAUGCUGUACAAACCCAUCUCUGGCUACAAAUGGAUGGAUGAUGACAACAAUGACAUAGAGUUCACCACCACUUUCUUCUGUUGGCAUGUAUUGUUCAGUGCUUUUUUGAUGAUCUGGAUCUACGGCUUCUCUUUUGUUUGGUACCGCUACAUUUUUGUUAAUGUUUGA